ACCAUUGAAGGCGGAGGCAAGUGGAAGGUCACGGAUGACAACAGAGGACUCGAGCGAACCUUCCGUUUCAAGACUUUCAAAGCUACUUGGGAAUUUAUGAACACGGUAGCAGCAGAGUGCAAGGUGCAAAAGCAUCAUCCGGAAUGGACGAAUGUCUUCAACAAGACCCAUGUCCGCUGGACGACGCACAAACCUAUGGGUCUGUCAUCAAAAGACGUCCUCAUGGCAAAAUUCUGUGACGAUGCCGGAAGCCUUCAUGGCGAGCUGCCCGAAGUGGAUGAUGAUGGUUGUGGUUGUGGA